GGAGAUUUUCCAUGCCAUUCCGCCAAGUAUAUAAUAUUAUAUAACCACGCAUGGCAGUACCAAUACGAGCGCAUCCAUCGUAUCCCCAGUGUAUGUAUGCGUGAAACGUUUAUCUACAUUUCACGGGCACGAAUUAACUUUUUUGAUUCCCUCUUUUUUUCGCCUGCCGAGGGGGGACAUUUGCACGUGAGCAUUGGUGCGUGUUUCUGAGUCCUUACGGGGUGGAGCGUAUUGCCCGUAGAGCGUAUGCGCAUUUGUUUGUUUUUCCAGUGGCAUCGGAUCAGCGGCAUCGGCUGAGCAGUACCCCCAAGCAGCAUUCGCCUGGGCGGACUCACCCCUUCAUGCGCAUCCGCUUGACUCCGCUGGCACGUUAUCUGCUACUCCCGCGCUACUGGCCGCCCCCCCCUACGCACGAACCCGGGCUUUCUUUGUUUUACCAAACAUAAAGCUGCGAAUCGAUGAGGUUCCCGCGCCUACAAUGAAACACACAAAAAAAAAAAGAGGCGGAAGUCCACAGACACAAAUGUGCCACGCAUCGCAUGCCGCAAAUCGCUUGCACACGAAAAACCUGCUCCCCCCAAAACAGUCCCCAAAAUGAUGCCCUUUCUGAGCAACACCUACAGCAAGUGCAGGGAGCAAAUCGCACGCAAGCUGACCAUUUCGAGCAAGAGGCAGAUCUACAUCAUCAACAACAGCUUGUUCCUGUCCUUCAUCCUCUUCUACAUUUCCUACUUUUUCUUCAUCAAUGGGAUUAUUAACCCCGCGGUUAAGAUCGUCUUUCACGGAAACAUCAUCGCGGACAACACGCAGGUGUACGAGAACUCCAUCCUGGAGUCAAUAUGGCUGCUGUUCACGAGCAAGAGCUACUUCAACAUGGCCAUGCUGCUGCUCUUUUCUAUAAUCAUCCCGAUUCUGAAGCUGAUAAUGGUGAGCGACAAUUUCUACUGCUUCUUUAAACUGUACAAUCUGAGUCUGCAGCAUGAGGAGGAGGAGAAGGAGGAGGAGGAAGAUGACAUUUUUUUCAUCAACACGGUGAACGAAAAUGAGCAAUUCAUUUUGAAGAAGUUUAGCAUUUUGAGCUCCAUUUCGAGGUUCCAAUUUGUGGACGUGUUGAUUUCGCUUUUCAUUGUGUCCUCUUUAAACCUCUACCUGUUGGAGGCGAAGAUCCUAAGUGGGGCAUACCACUUUUUGAACUACUGCCUGCUGUCUACCAUCUCGUCCUUCUUCCUCCUCACACUGACGUCACUUAAAAUUCGCAUCUUCAAAAGGGGGAAUAUCAAAAUAUACUCGUUGCCCGCGGAGAGGCGUCUGAGUGUGAGGACCAGUCUCCAGCAGGAGAACACACGAGAGAGCAGGGAUUUGGACUGCACCAAUGGGGAAGGGGUGGCACUCCCUGGGCAGUUGCGGAACGGGGAGGAGAACGACGACACGCUCACUGGAGAAGCGAAUAAAAUGAGCGUAACACGUGGGGGAGGCGACGACCCCGAGGAGGGAGAGGAGCACAACAGGAAUGGGGCAAACCACUCAGAACACCUCAAUUCUGCUUUGCGCAAAGGGGCAGAAUUGCCCGGCAACGCGAAGAACAUCCGGAGGGGGGGGAAAAAGAGAGUUUCCCACGAGGGGAGGCCCCCCCGAGAAGAUCCCCACCAAGCAGGAGUAACAGGAAUGAUUGACAACCGGGGGGUGUACCAUCGCGAUUUCCCCAGGGCGAGCAUGCACCAUAUGCACCAUAUGCACCAUAUGCACCAUAGGGGGGGGGCACUUCCACGGGGGAGCGGCAGCUGGAAGGGGGAAGCAGAGAUGAUGCCUCACGAUAAGAUGCCGCACCUCCGUGAGGAGCUCAACGACUGUAACCCCAACGAACGGGGAGCGCUCGGCCAAAAGAGCGGAAAUACGGAGCCCAGUCAGUUCCCCCCGCAUGAGCGGUACGAGCGGUACGAGAAGCACCUCCUCUGCUACAACAAGCUGCAAACGUUGAGCAACAUAAAUUACCUGUACAAGGUGAUGAAGAACAAUGACGCGUACAUCUAUUUAAAGAAGAAAAAGUUUAACUCCCUGUUGAAGACCAAUUUCCAUCACUGCAGAUUGAACAAGAUAAAGAUAGGGUACGCGUGUUUCCUCUUCGUCUUCCUCUGUCUGUGUGUGUACCUCAUAACCGCGGUGGAGUGCAGCAUGGUGGGCAUAUACAUCUACCUGAGCUACUUUAACUUUAAUGUGGAGGGCAUUCUCAUAGACUUCAUAGACAUGCUAAACAUUCUGAAGCUGAAGAUCAACAGGAGUUACAUCUACCCCUUCUUUGUGAUGCUGCCGUUUAUCUUUCCAGUGAUUAUUGGGUUGUCCUUCUUCAUGAGUGUCCUUUUUAUGAACCUUUAUUAUGUGAAUUUUUCUCGCGGGUAUAAGAAGAUGUGCGCGUUGAAUGACGAGUUGGUGUUCAGCCCAGAGGUGGAGGACAACCAGAAGAUGAUGGUGUCUGAGCGGUACAACUAUUUGUAUAUAAAGAAGGAGAUCGAAAAGAAUGAUCGUCUGUCGAACACGUCAGACGAUUUGACGUCUCCAAAUAAUAGCACCAUUUCGAGCAGCAAAAGUGAAGAUAUCAACACGAGUUUUAUCUCUAAUAGGAUGUUAAAUUUUUAUUUUUCCCUUUCCGUUUUUUUCACGUCCAUUUGUUCCUUCUGCAUGCACAUAUCUCUGGGGGAGAUCAUCUCCAUUUCGUUAUUAACCUUCUACCAAAUAGUGAAGCACACACAUAAUUUGAACAUCCUAGUGUUAUAUAAGAGCAACACUGUAAAGUUUUGCAAGUUCCUUCUCUUCGUUGUGUAUGGGCUGCUGUGCCUUUCCAUCAACCUGUAUGUCAGUCAGUGGGAGUUAUACGUGAAAAAGCUGAAGAAGACGAAGAAGAGAAUUGCCCUCUUUCAAAACAACCGCUAUAGCGAAAUUGUGGAUUUGAAUAUACAGAAGCACGAGCACUGGCACGUCCCCAUCUACUCCUACUUCUUUCAGUUUCUGCUGAAGAAGGAGCACUUCUUCUCCUCCUCCCUCAAGCACAACCACAUUACCAAGGAGCACACCGACACCGUGCAGACCAUGAUGAUGCACCGCGUCUACGAGAACGACACCAGCCUGGGCUACCAGAACACGCGCGUGGACAACGACGAGCUCAACGACUUCAACGAGUUUAACCUCGUCUCCGACAGGGACUCCCAGCUGAGCGACCCCGACGCGCAGGUGGACAGAGCGGCGUUACCGGGUUUAGCGGCGGUGCGGGCGGAUUUACGGACCGAUUUGCGGAAUGAUUUGCGAACGGAUCUGCCGGGGGAGCUUCCAACGGAGCUGCGAACCGAGGUGAGGACCCCCGGCCAGGACGAAUGCUUCGUCAACGGCAGCACCGCGCGCAGCGCUCCAAGCGAUGGCUUGGGGGGCACCGGAAGGGGACAAAACCCAGGAGAGGCGGAACAGGCGGAGAAGCAGACCGAGAAGCAAACGGAGAAGCAGACCGAGAAGCAAACGGAGAAGCAGGGGGAGAAGCUGGUUGAAGGUGAUCAACCCAACGCCCUGCCCCCCGCCGCGGCGUCCGAAAGUUCAGACGCCCCGGGCAGAGCGGAAAACGCAAACGCAGGGGGAGUGACUUCCCCCGGAGGGGAAAACCAAGUGGACGAAGCCGAAUCGGGAGAAGCCUCCAAAAAAGGACCAACGUUUAAGAGCGACCCAAGGGGGUACUUGAAAAAUUUUAUGCCCAUCAAAUCCAUUUUGCUGUUCCACCUGGAGAAGAGGAAAAAGAAGAAGAACAAGGGAGGCGGUGGAGGAGGAGGAGGGGGCGGAGGAAAAGGCCUUGGCGGUCUGGUAGGAAGGCUACUGAGGAAGUUGCUCGGCGUUGGCAGUUCGGAGAGGAUCUCCCGAGUGUUUAUCCUCCUGCACGGAUUUCUCUUCCUGUUAAUCUUCGUCACCACGGUGAUGGUGUUCUUCAAACGGGAGGGGAUAUUCCGCUUCAACAUGAACGCAGUGAAUAAGCGGUUGAACAGCUUUUUCAAGUCAUCCCAUUUCCACUCGCUGAUCCCCAACAGCAUAGGGAAGUGCAAGACGAAGAAGUACCUGGCCAAGGAGCCCUGUUACAAUGUGGGCCAUAUCUACCACGAGGAGAAAACAUUUUACCAUGCCACUCUGCUCUUCCUUCAAGGAAUCAGCUCCAUUAAGAUAGCCAAUGUGCAUUUUUACUACGAUAAAGGCAAGUACAAUUUGAUAUUGGAUGGGUACUUUAAGCAUAUAAUUGGCCCCCUCUUCUUGAAGCUGUGCAUCGGAACGAACUUCUGCCCCAUCAGCACCUACGCCUUCCUUAUUGGAAGCAAACCCACCUUCUCCAUCACCAUGUCUGCCCACUGCAAUGAUAGGAAGCCCCCCAACUAUAUCACAGACAUUGUUGUGAAGGAUUUAAAAAUCACAAAAAUUGAAGUGAUAAAGCACAAUGAUAUAAUUGAAAAUGUGGACAUUCAGCUGGACGAUGUGCAGGAGCGCGUGCAGGAGAAGGUGAACAGCAUGCUGGCUGAGCGCAAGCGGUUCAUCCUCUGGAAGAGCCACAAGUACAACUUGGAGGGCUUCAUAAACUACUUGAUUUCGAAGAACGCCCUGGCCGGCUUCUCCUGCAGGCCGAUGAACUACCACGACGUGUGA